AUGGCUUCCGGAUGCGUGGUUUUGGCAAUUUUGGUGGCCCUGGCGUCAAGCAGUGUUAACUGGGCUGGAGCACAGAUUCAGCCUGAGAGAGACCCGGACAAGAUUUCACAAAUCUGCCGUGUGGCCACGCAGUACGACCCCAUCUGCACCAACGGUGGCUAUCUCAACGCUCUCUACCGCACCCCCGACUCCAAUAGCUGCGGCCACUGUAUCUGCCCGCCAGGAUGGGCUGGCGUGGAUUGCUCGGCGUGCCAGACUGCGGAGGUGUGUCCGCCGCAGCCGAUGCCCGACGGCUCCAUGCUGCCCGCGGCCGCCUGCACCAGCGAUUCUGUCGUACCUACGGACGAGGAGGCUCUGUACGGCAAGACCCUGGCCUGCACUUGCGGCGCGCCUGGGGACGUUUCCACCGAGUUCCUGUGCGCCAAGCAGCCGGAUACCAACUGGCUCAUCAACUUACUGCCCUCCAAUGCCACGGCGAACUGGGCGGCGGGAAACGCAGUCGCGACUGUCAUCGAACGGGCCGGCACGCCGGACAAUAGCAACAACAACUAUCCGUGCGACCCGGCAGGCAAGGAGGACUGCUUCAAUGCAACCCGCUUUGACUACGCUUACCCCGGCGUGUGGGACGGCGUGUUCCGCGGCUGUUCAUGGAAGGUGGACGACUGCAUAAGCCCCAUGACCGGCUCCGACUGCCUGGUUUUCACGUGCGCUAAAUCGGAAAUACAGUGCCCCGCGUCGUACAUGUCAAAAUGCCCGGGGUACACCCUCACCAAAUGCGGCACAGCGCCCGGCUCGAAUAUGCCCUACUGGAUGCACCACUGCCUGCCGGGCACCUACCCCGUCCCGGGCAAGGCGCUCAAGCUGGCGUGCAAACUGAACAAAGACCCCGACGGCACCUUCCAAUGCUUCAUCACUCAGGAGCGCUCCUACGUGGCCUCAUUAGGCAUGAAGUGCGUAACUGGCACUUGCCUGUAUAGGAUGCCGCCACCGUCGCCGCCGUCGCCGCCGCCACCGGAACCGGAACCGCCCGAGCCACCGCCGGCACCGCCGUACAGCCCAGGCACGUCACCGUUGGGUGGACGCUGCUGCAACCUCGUUACUCUCCUGGUGUCCAUCGGCGUGGUUGUAGCGGGCCUUAUGGUCUCUGCGGCCUGGCUAUCGUACCGUGACAAUGCAUUAGCAACGGCCUGGGCGGCGGCCGCCAGCGGUGGCGGUGGGGCGAGAGGGUCUGGGUUUAAUGGAGGCGGCGGAUGGCCAGCAGCAGGAGCAGGCGGCGGAGGAGGAGGGGGCUUUGGUGCAAUGUUCGGCACGAGGCGGGGAGGAGGUGGGGCAGGUGGCCACCGCCGUGUUCCUUCCGGCGCUGGCGAGGCGGCGGUCCCGCUGCUGCAUUCCGCGAAUCCUUCUCGGAUGCCCGAGGGUGACGACGACGCCACGGCGUCCUCGUACGCCCCCGUGUAUCACGACCAGUACGACGAUGACGACGUCGGCACAGGCGGCGAUCCGUACCAUGCCGGCGGCGGUGGUGUGCCGCCGGUGGUGCUGUCGUGGCACAACCUGCACCUGCGGGUGCAGAAGGCCUCAGGGGGGACCCUGCACAUCCUUCGCGGCGUCAGCGGUAUCGCGGGAGGAAUGCGGGACGGUUUCGGAGCUCCCUGCAGGACAGCUAACGGCGCCGGUGGUACCGGCGCUGGCGGCCGCAUCGUGGGGAGCAGCAGUGGCGGCGGCGGCGGCAUGCAGGCGGUUAUGGGCCCCAGUGGAGCAGGCAAGACCACCCUGCUGGAUGUGCUGUCCGGCCGCCGUUCCGGCCCCGGCCGCAGCGGCGAGGUGCGCAUCAACGGACGGCUCGUGACGCCGGCGCAGGUCCGUGUGGUGUGCGGUUACGUUCUCCAAGACGACGUGCUCCCGGGAACAACAUCGGUGUUGGAGUACCUGGCCUUCAAUGCGGUGCUGCGCCUGCCACCGCGCCGCUACUCGCAGCGGCAGCGCGACGCGCGCGUGUGGGGCCUCGUACGGCGUCUCGGCCUGACCAAGGUCGUACACAGCUACAUCGGCGACGCGCACGUGCGCGGACUGUCGGGCGGCGAGAAACGGCGCGUGUCUAUCGCGGUGGAGUUGCUCACCCGUCCCGGUCUGCUGCUGCUUGACGAGCCCACCACGGGCCUGGACUCCACCAACGCGGCCCGGGUGGUGGAGGUGCUGGCGGGGCUGGCGGGCGGGGGAGUCAAUGUGCUGCUGUCCAUCCACCAGCCGAGACCCGACGUGCUGAGAGCCAUGGACAGGAUGCUGCUGCUGUCGGGAGAUGGACGCGUGGUGUACGGCGGCGAGGUAGCUUUGGCAGCGGCGCAUUUUGCGGGGCUGGGGCUGGGGUUGGAGCCCCCUGGUCCGGACUCUGGAAUCAACAUUGCGGAUUGGCUGCUGGACCUGGUCAUCAAGUCCCCCCGAGACGCUGUCGCCGCGAUGGCGGAUGCCUACCAUGCCAGCGCCGCUGCGGCAACCACCGCCGCUGCUGCGGCGUCUCUGGCCGAUAGCCCCUUGCUUCUGCCGCCGCCCAAGUACUGCCCGUCGUACUGGCUGCAGCUGCGCGCGCUGUCUGUACGGCUGCUCCGAAAUACAUACCGCCAUCCCUUCAGUGUGGCGCUCAACUUUUUGGCAACGCUGGCGGUAGCAGUGUGCCUGGGGCUUAUUUUCCACAACGCGGGCACGGACACGUCUGGCAUCCAGAACCGCCUGGGUGUGCUGUUCUUCAUGCUGCUGUACCUCAGCCUCAUGGCUCUGUCCUCGUUGCCCAUCUGGCGAGACGAGAAGCUGCUCUUCAUGCGUGAACGGGCCAGCGGCGUGUACGGCACACCCGCCUACUUUACGGCCGUGGUGCUGUUCGACCUGCUGCCGAUGCGAGUGCUGCCACCGACGUUCUUUGCGCUGUUCACGUUCUGGUUGGUGGGCCUGCACCCCUCCUGCGCCACCUGCAUCCUCUGGUUCAUAGGCAUUCUAGUCUCCUCCAACAUCACCGCAGCCACCAUGUGCAUGGCCAUCGGCGCCGCUGCGCCCUCCAACUCCGUUGCCAAUCUGGUGGGCAGCCUGACGCUGAUGCUGCUGCUGCUCUUCGGCGGCUUCCUGCUCAACAAGGACUCGGUGCCCUCCUACUGCGCCUGGAUCAGCAAGGCCUCCUUCUUCAACUACGCCUAUGAGGCCCUGGCCAUCAACGAGUUCCAUCGCUUCCCGCGGGACUUCACCUUCACAGCGCCCAUCAAGACGUCCGCGCUGCCGCCGCUGCGGAUCAGCGGAGACGGCGUCCUCAAGGAAUUUGGGUUCGACGUUGACCUCUUUUACCUGGAUGUCAUUAUGCUGGGGCUCCUGGGAGCCGUAUGCUGCGGACUGACGUACAUUCUGCUGUACUUCUCCGGUCGCGCUGUCAACGCGGUGGUCACACGCCUGCACCGCCGCCGCGCUCGGGGGUCCGGGGCAGGAAACGCAGGAGGCAGCGGCGGCGGCGAAGAAGGAGAAGGGGCAGGAGGCAGCGAGCCGCUGCUGGUUCCGGAGCCCGAUUCUGAUAAUGAGGAGCGUGAGGUCGACGAGGCAAGGUCUGUGGUAACGUGCUCCGAGUCCUUGAGCUCCAUGAUGUUGCCAAUGCCUCCAACGGCAGUACAUGGCCAGACUGGGCCCGUCGUUAGGGCACGGCCGCCAUCGAGGCAGCUGGUGCUGCCGCCGUCGUCGUCACCGCCACAGCCUCAGCAAGCCGCCUCGACGUUGACGGAUCGCGUGGUAAGCAUCGACGGCGGCGGCGGCGGCGGUGCGGGAGGCAUUAUUGGCACAUGGCUCACUCAGCAGGUGGCAGCUCCGGCGCCGUCACCGGCGCGAUAUGGAGCAUGGACAGUCUCCGUCGCCUGCGAAGGCCCGACGGAGGCGGGUGGCGGAGGCGGAAGCGGCAUGGUGCUGUCCUGGGAGAAUGUUUCCGUACGGGUGCCGCUGGGCCGCGGACGAGUGCGGUACAUCUUACAGUCCGUCAGCGGCAUCAGCGGUCCGGCGCCUCCGCCACUGUCGCGGUCAGGUGCCAAUGCACAGGCCAAGCUCGGCGGCGGUAGCGCUGACGGCGACGGCAGUAGCGCUGGUACUACGAUGCAGCGGGAGCCGACGGCGGCCAGUCUUAGCCCAGCAUCAUCGAUGGGGCAAGGCAACGGAACGCCGCAUCAGCCGCGGGGUUCGGCUUCCGCGCCAGCUAUCCUAACCGCUGCUGCAGCACCUGUAUCGACAGUCGUACACGUCGUCGGCUGGCCUGGCGUCUCCGCGCCGCCAUCCGCCGUCACCCAAGCGGCGGGCGGUACCAAUGGCGGCGAAUACGCGGCCGCGUUCGCGCAGCCUGGCGGCGAUAGCUCGGUCUUCGCCGCCGCUCCCGCUUCUGCCGUACAGCCUUUGUUCAUGGCGCCGCCGCACAAUGAUGGCGACGGUGGUUCAGGCGGCUUCCUGUCCCGCUGGGGCCUUGGCCCGAAAACGUUGUCUCGCUUCGGCUUCCGCCGCCGCGCCGCUGCCGGCAUCGGCGGCGGCGCCGGUUUUGGCGCCGUCGGCUUUGACGACAGGAUGCAUUUGGACCCGGCAACGGCGGCGCUGGGCGGCAGCGGCGGCGGCGGCUCCUUGGCGGGCCCGGGGAGGUGCUGCCUCUUCGCUAUCGUUGGACCCAGCGGAGCUGGCAAGACCACGCUGAUGGACGUGCUGGCGGGGCGGCGGCACGGUGUCCGCGGCGGCGUGAGCGGGGAGAUUCGCAUUAACGGCCACAGAGUUUGCGGCUACGUGGCCCAGGACAUCGUGCUUCCCGGCAUCUCCACCGUCACCGAGUACCUCACCUUCCAUGCCGCCCUGCGGCUGCCCGCGGCCCUGGCGGCUGCCGGGACGGGCCCAGGCUCGCCGGCGGCGACACGUGCGGCGGCGGUGGUUUCAGAGCUGGGUCUUACCCGUGUGGCGCACAGCCUCAUCGGCGAUGAGUUUGUGCGAGGGCUCUCAGGCGGCGAGAAGCGACGUGUGUCUAUCGCGGUGGAGUUGCUCACCCGUCCCGGUCUGCUGCUGCUUGACGAGCCCACCACGGGCCUGGACUCCACCAACGCGGCCCGGGUGGUGGAGGUGCUGGCGGGGCUGGCGGGCGGGGGAGUCAAUGUGCUGCUGUCCAUCCACCAGCCGAGACCCGACGUGCUGAGAGCCAUGGACAGGAUGCUGCUGCUGUCGGGAGAUGGACAGGUGGUGUACACGGGACCCACAACCCGGAUGCGGGAGCACUUCACCUCUCUGGGCUACUCACUGCCGCUGGACACGGCAGCAGUCGCUGAUGCCGUGUUGGAUUUGGUUAUCCGUGCACCGCUCUCUGAGAGCUCGGCGCUGGUGGAGGGUUGGCGGGGCAGCGAGGUCGCGGCGGAGGAUGCGGGCUGGAUGGGGCGAGUGCAGCUUGGGGACGCGCUGCUGCACCAUCAGAGAGCGCAGGCGCUGGCGGGCCUUCGGAAAUACGAGAGCUCUUUCGGGCACCAGAUUGCCGUGCUGAGCAGGCGGCGCGCCACAGGACUUGUACGGCACCCGAUGUUAGUGACUCUGCACUUUGUGGCGACUGGGCUGGUAGCCCUGGGCGUGGGCGCCAUUUACUGGCACACCGGCCGAGACACGGGGGGCAUCCAGGGCCGCUUCGGCGCGCUGUUCUUCAUGCUGCUGUUCCUGGCGCUGCUGUCGCUGUCCUCGCUGCCUGUGUGGCGAGACGAGGCGCUGCUCUUCAUGCGCGAGCGGGCGAGCGGGGUGUACGGCACAGCUGCCUACUUCACAACGGUUGUGCUGUGGGACGUGGUGCCGCUGCGCGUGCUGCCGCCCGGCCUGUUUUCGCUGGUCAGUUACGGCAUGAUCGGGUUGCGGCCCUCCGCCCGCUCCCUGGCUGCCCACUGGGGGGUGCUGGUGGUGGCCAAUAUUACUGCAGCCGCAGCCAACAUGUCCAUUGGCGCCGCGGUGGGGUCUGUUUCCCUGGCAAACAUGGUAGGUGGCGGCAAGGGAGGAAGGCUGGGCAGUUUAUGCGUGUUGACCUCCACUCUGUUUGGCGGCUUCCUGCUUAGUCGCAGCAGAAUGCCACAGCUGGUGGCAUGGCUGGCGGAUCUGUCGUACGUACGUUAUGCUUUUGAGGCGCUACUCAUUGGCGAGUUCGGCGGGGCAACGGGUUUCCGCUUCACCGGCUACCACCAGCCAGGAACACCGCCUGACGAGGUGCCGUACGUCGACGUCACUGGGGACGAGUGUCCCGAACGAGCAGGUGUAACUGCGGCCUCCACCAUCACUCUUCCGACAUUCGGGUUCCGUACGGACGCCUGGUGGAACGACGUGGGCGCGCUGCUGGUGCUCAUGUGUGCCUUCCUCACCUCCACCUUCUUGUUGCUGCGUUACCGGGGUUGGCUGCUGGGUAGUCGUCCGGAUGGCCUGGGCGUGGCCAUACAGUUGUCGGGGGAGGACGAGACCGCAGCCGACAGGAAUCGCCAGGAGUAUGAAAUCCAAGCGGCAUACGAGGUCCUGUUUUACGCAGUCGCCUGCUGCCAGCCAGCAGCCCUAGCUAGUUAG